AUGCCUAGAAUUUCUCGAAUCAAACAAGAUGUUAACUCGGUGAUACUCAUCUCAUCUGGAUCAACGACUACGUUAUCACAAGAGCAAGUCAAUGAGAUUGCUCUGGGUUUAGAACAGAGCAACCGUAGAUUUAUUUGGGUACUAAGAAAAGGAGAUAACGCGGAGAAACUUAAAGAUAAAGUCGUAAAGAUUGAAUUACCCGAAGGGUUUGAAGUAAGAGUGGAAGGAAGAGGAAUAAUGGUUAAUUGGGCAACACAAUUAGAAUUCUUGGGACAUUCAUCGACAGGGGGGUUUAUGAGUCACUGUGGAUGGAAUUCAUGUAUCGAGAGCAUUAACAUGGGAGUACCUAUAGCUACUAGGCCAAUCAGUUUCGAUCAGCCAUUUAACGCUAUACUUGUAACUAAUUUGUUGGAGAUUGGAAUCACUGUCAAGUGUUGGUCUCACCGCGAUGAAUUGGUAAAAGCAUCAACCAUAGAGAAAUCUAUCGAGACAUUGACGAGUACCAUAGAAGGGGAAGAAAUGAGGCAAACGGCAAUGGAAUUGAGCAAAAAGAUCAAAAACUCUGUUAGCCACGGAGGACUUGCACGCGAGGCCAUGGAAUCAUUCAUAUCACAUAUAAUUGAAUAA